GAAUAAAUACAAAUACCUUCUACAGUCAAAACCCCUACUUAAACCCUCAUCGGUCUCUUCUCUUUUCUGAGUUUCUCCUUUCUUUCCUUUGCCAUGGCGAGUUCCAGCCAUCGUCUCUUCCAUUGUUGCUUUCAGGAUUGGAUCAACCAGCAACACCAAGACCUCCAAGAGCUCCUCCAGGUGCUUGACACCGACAGCCCCGACUCCGACCACCUCCGCCACCUCAUCCAGAAGUCUCUCCAGCAUUUCCAGGACUACAGCGCCACCCGGGCCGAGCUCUCCAAGCUCGACGCCCCUUCUUUCUUCUGCCCCUCCUGGAUCACCUCCUUCGAGAACUCCUUCCUCUGGCUGGGCGGUUGCCGCCCCUCCCUCGCCAUCCGCCUCCUCUACUCCAUCUCCGGCUCCGAGCUCCAGGCCCAGCUCCCCGACGUCCUCAAGGGCUGCACCAGAGGCAACCUCGCGGACAUCUCCGCCACCCAGCUCGUCUCCAUCAAUGCCCUCCACGGCAGGGUCGUGAGGGAGGAGGACCGGCUGUCGAGCAGGAUGGCGAGCAUGCAGGAGGACACCGCCGACGAGCCACUGGCGAUAAUCGCCAAGAAGCUGAGGACGGUCGGCGAAUACAGCCGGACUGUGAACAGCGCCAUCGAGACUCACUCUCAGGCGCUGGCCAGCGUGUUGGAGGAAGCCGAUAAGCUGCGGCUGAGCACCUUCAAGGGGUUGCAGGAGAUUCUCACUCCAUUACAGGGUGCUCACUUCCUGGUGGCUUCUAAGAAACUGCAUCUCUCCAUGCAUGAAUGGGGUAAGCAAAGGGCUGAGCAAGUGGGCGACACGUAAAUACAACCAAGUAUUUGCCCUCACUCUUCCCCCUCGGAGCUAAAAAUUUUGGGAUUAGGAUCUUAUCAUAUGAUAAUAAUCAUAUCAUCGUACUAGUUAAGUCCAUGCAAAUAUAAAUAUAAAAUAUAAUUAAUAUUUGCAUUUACGGCUAAAAUUUUGGGAUUACGAUAUAUCAUAUGAUAUUAUAGCGAGGUCAGCAAAAGAGGAGAAAAGAAACUCUUCAAUCUUUCGAUAUCAUAUCGAGAUUGGGGAAGGGAAGAGAAAAUAUAGUAGAGCAAUGGUCUUUUGUGGAACUCUAUAUGUAACCAUUAGUAAGAUGAGUGUGUUUAGGGUUUGUUUUCUCUUGUAUAUUUUUUGGUUUGAUUAAGAAGUU